UCAUUUAGUUUUGCUUUGCACUAUUUUAUCAUGUAUUGUUGUUUUAUGUUCAUAGUUUAUGGCAUUACAUGUGAUUAUUCAAUAACUUCUAUAAUAAGUGUUAUUAUUCUCCAUUUCUCACAGAAAAGGGAAGGAGACUUUCUGUUGGCAUCCUGAUCUGUUGGCAUCCUGAUCUCAGGGCUUUCUCUUCUUCCUCACGUUAACUUGUCAUGUGGGAGGUUCUUGUGAUAAUUUAAUGCCAACAGUGCAUGGACGUGUAUUAACAUAUGAAAAUCUCUAUUCAUAAUUGAUUUUGACAUAUAAAAUAAAACUUUAUAAAUAAAUGGAUUCUUUUCUUGAUAAAACUUAUACCACCAGUCUAAAAUCAAAUGUUAAGAUGUAAAUUCAGAAGAAAAUACCGAUCUGGAUGAUUAUUUGAACAUAGCUAUCUAGGAUUUUGGCAGAGCAUCAUGGAUCACUGCAGUAUCUUUCACAGUUCUGUGGGUGUCAAGUCCUCACUCUGCCCUAAGCAGUGGAUUUGGACAAAUAUUUAACCUCUGUAUGUGUACCUUUUCAGCAACUGUAUAAUUAAAUUCGUGGAAGUGACUGCCUCAGAGAUUUGUGAAGAAUAAAAACAUGAUCACAUGUGAUGCCUUCAAUGAUUACUUUAACAUUUGAAGUCCUCUUUAAAUGUUAUACAUGCAACCCUUGGAAUGCUGCUACUAUCAGAAAAAUAUUCAGUAAAUGUUUCCAAAUGGGAACUGAUGAUAAGUGCAGAAUAUUGGAUUCAGCUGACACUAUACGUGUAUCCUGUGCCUCAUGUUCCCAUGCAGGACAUUCUAACAGACAAGACAAACAUCAGUGACUGGUGUCUGAGAGGAUGGAUAGCAGGGAUUUGGCAAUUGAUGUGAUCAUCUUAAUGCAGACAGUGGUUGGAAUCCUGGGGAAUUUCUCACUUCUUUGCCAUUAUAUCAUCCUUUACAUCACUGGGUACAGGUUAAGGUCCACAGAUUUGAUAAUUAAGCACCUGAUUGUAGCCAACUUCCUUACCCUUCUCUGUAAAGGCGUCCCCCACACAAUGGCAGCGUUUGGGUGGAAACAUUUCCCCAGUAAUUUUGGAUGCAAAGUUCUUUUCUUUCUUCACAGAGUGGGAAGGGGAGUGUCCAUUGGUAGCAUGUGCCUCUUGAGUGUCGUUCAGGUGAUCAUGGUCAGUCCCAGGAACUCGAGGUGGGCAGAGCUUAAGGUGAAAUCUCCCAAGUACAUUGUCAUUUCUAUUUUCCUGUGUUGGUUCCUGCAAAUGUUGGUAAAUAUCAUUUUCCUUAUCUCCAUACAUAGCAAAUUGAGCAACCAAAACAUCACAAAGGAAAAGGAUUUUGGAUACUGUGCUUCCAUUCAUCGUGACAAAAUCAGUGAUGUGUUGUUGGGAGGAAUGCUGUUGUUCCCUGAUGUUUUAUGUUUGGGACUCAUCGUCUGGGCCAGUGGCUCCAUGGUUUUCAUCCUGCACAGGCAUAAGCAGCAGGUCCAACACAUUCAGAGGACCAAAGCCUUCCCCAGUUCCUCCCCUGAGUCCAGAGCUACAAAAACCAUCCUUCUUCUGGUGAGCACUUUUGUCUACUUUUAUACCCUUUCCUCUGUCUUUCAACUUCUUUUGUCUCUUUUUGAGAAUCCCAACUGGUCCCUUGUGAAAGUCAGUAUAAUUAUCGCUGCAUGCUUCCCAGCUGUCAGCCCCUUCCUGCUCAUGAGCCGUGACUCCAGUGUACACAGCCUCUACUUUGCCUGAAUAAGAAAUAACAGAAAUCCCCUACUAUGAUGAGAACCAUGUAAAUUGUAUUUAUAUCCACUGUGUCCAUACCAUUGCCAGUUCAUUCAUUCACUCUCAGAGUCUUAACUAAAUUCUGCAUCUCAAUAGAAUAAUAAGCAAGACAUGCUGAGCAUCUUCCAAUAAACAACAGUGAUUGUAUUUUCUUGAAACAUAAUUACCUUGUAAAUAAUUAUGUUAUUGAUGUUUUUCUAGUGUGUGUAGAAAAGUUUGGAAUUUAUACAGUAAUAAACAGUAGAUCUUGUGACAAUCUGCAUAUAUUGAAGUCUUCAGAUAUGUAACUUUCAAUCUAACAGAAUAUGU